AUGAGACAAAUCUCCCCCGUUCUCGCAUCGCUCGCUGGCGUUUUCAAGAUUCCAAUUACUCGUCCGCACGCACACUUUACGUCCCCAUUGUCCUCACCCCAAUCGUCAGUAUUGUUGUCGUCCUCGUCAAGUCGAGUGUGCGCUCAACCUCAAACAUCGGCAUUUUCACGGCAAUUUUCCGCCGGGCCCUCUUUGUCGGCGAGAAAGGGGAAAAAUGUUGUUGAUAAGCGCGUUACUCUAAUCCGCUACUUCCUCUACCACCCCCUCACCCCACGCCCUCUCCGCUUCUCCCGCAACCGCUAUCUGCGCCACUGGACCAUCCACCGCGCCUGGCAACUGUACUGCGCCAAGAAGCGUGAGGCACUCCAUCUCGAGCUGGAACGGCAAUGGAACAGCAUGCGCGAUGCGUGUGAGGAGCUGCGCACGGGCGUUGGCGAUGAGGGAAGGUUGUUCCGUAUCUCGAUGAACAAAAAGGGUGUUUUCACGGAUCAGAUACCGAUUGAGUAUGGGAGGAUGCAGACGGAGGGGCCGAGCAAGGAGGGAUGGAAUUAUGAUUGGAAGAGGUAG